GCUUUCCUCUGCUCUUUCCUCGCCGUCCUCGCCCGCCCGCUCGGCGCUCGCCGCCACCAUCACCACCCCAAGCACCCCAACCCCGAAUCCACUCGCCCCCACUCCCCUAUUAGUACCCCCGCUCCCACCAAGAAUCUCCCCCAACUCCUCCCCCCUCGGUCUCCGGGCAGUCCAUCCACCGAAUCCGCCGGACGCGCCGAGCCUCCCCCGACCUUUCCGAACCCGCCGGGCAGUCCAGGAUGGACUGCAGGAUGGACGGAUGUGCGAUUAGCACUAACGGUUCUGGCAGCAAGUCAUGCGGGCCGCUGUCCGACUACCGCAUUCCGGACUACAUACUAAAUCCGGACUCUGAACCAGUCAUCGUUGAUAAUGCACCAUCUUGUCCCGUGGUAGUCUUCAUCAACUCUAGAAGCGGUGGCCAACUUGGAAGUGGUUUGAUCAAAUCAUACCGGGAGGUUCUCAAUGAAGCACAGGUUUUUGAUCUCUCUGAAGAGUCCCCUGACAAGGUGCUGCACAGGUUGUAUGCCAACUUUCAAAGGCUAAAGUCUAACGGUGACCCUCUUGCUAUUCAAAUUGAGAAGAGCCUGAGACUAAUUGUUGCUGGUGGUGAUGGCACCGCAAGUUGGCUGCUUGGAGUAGUUAGUGAUCUGAAGCUUAUGCACUCACCCCCUGUUGCUACUGUGCCUCUGGGAACCGGAAACAACCUUCCUUUUUCAUUCGGAUGGGGAAAGAAGAACCCAGCUACUGACCCAGACGCAGUGAAAUCAUUCCUUGGGCUAGUAAAAGGAGCAAGAGAAAUGAGCAUUGAUAGUUGGCAUAUCAUCAUGAGGAUGCGAGUUCCACAGGAAGGUCCAUGUGAUCCUAUUGCUCCCUUAGAGCUGCCUCAUUCACUGCAUGCGUUCCACCGUGUAACUGGCUCUGAUGAGCUCAAUGUGGAGGGUUACCACACAUUCCGUGGAGGAUUUUGGAAUUACUUCAGUAUGGGAAUGGAUGCUCAAGUGUCGUAUGGGUUCCACUCUGAAAGGAAGAAAAAUCCAGAGAAGUUCAAAAACCAGCUAACGAAUCAGGGUACAUAUGCUAAGCUUGGACUUAAACAAGGAUGGUUUGCUCCUUCUCUAACUCAUUCCUCUUCAAGGAACAUUUCACAACUUGCAAAGGUGAGGAUCAUGAAAAGACCUGGUGGCAAAUGGGAAGAGCUUAAAAUCCCCACCAGUAUUCGAUCAAUUAUCUGCCUGAAUUUGCCAAGUUUCUCGGGAGGAUUCAAUCCCUGGGGAACUCCUGGCACGAGGAAGAAGCAAGACAGGGACCUGACUGCACCAUAUGUUGAUGAUGGACUCAUCGAGGUUGUCGGUUUUCGUGAUGCCUGGCAUGGUCUCGUUUUGCUGGCCCCUAAUGGACACGGGACUCGUCUAGCGCAGGCUCAUAGAAUCCGGUUUGAGUUCCACAAAGGAGCAGCUGACCACACGUUCAUGAGGGUCGACGGCGAGCCAUGGAAGCAGCCACUCCCCAGCAACGACGAGACCGUCGUCGUCGAGAUCUCCCACCUCCGCCAGGUCACCAUGCUCGCCAACGGCCACUGCAAGUCGAAGAGCGUUGAGGACCCUAUGACUCCAUCAAGCCACGGGCACGAGAACGACGACAGCGACAGCCUGGAGGACGAGGACGAGUGGAAGGAGGGGAAGAAGAAGUUUGGGGCUGCGGAUACCUUCAAGUUACCUGACGAGGUCGACAUCGCGCAUCUUAGCUGAGUUACUAGUCGAGGUUUCUCCUAGCUGUCGAUAUGGUUUCAGUUCAGAUUUCAGAAUGCUCGCCACUGAUGGCAGUGAGUGAUUAUUCCCCUUUGUUUAUGGUGUUAAUUUCGGAGCUUAAUUAAUUAGCAGCCUUGUGUAGACCGGCAAUAUUCACUAACCACAAAAUUGGCAAGUGUUUGCAAUGCAAUUGUUCUCUUGUUGGAAGCGUA